AAUAUAUAUUUUAUUACUGUUCAAGUUAACUCGAACCCAAACUCUAACCCGCUCACAAAAUGGAGAAUAUAGUAGAGAAAAAGCGGCAGACGGUAAAAUCUCCUCUGGCCCUUGAGUGCCAAACGUUCAACUUGACGGAUUCCACGCUUACCCCCAAAACCAACGAGUCUGAAAACUUUUCGAAAUUUACACUGGCCAACAUGGUGUCGCUACCGUCCUCCUUGACCGAACCCACGACCCGUUCGAAUGCGCAGGCGCAGCUGAAUGCCGCCUCGCCCAUGGGCAACUACACGGAGCGAAUGGUGGAGGACAUUCUGACCGAGAUUUUCAAGGAGCGACGGGGGGACUAUCCAGAGACCUCAUCCUCCUGCCACGCGGCUGAUAUGGCGUGGUCAUUUCAUGAGCGGGAACCGCACGUGGACAAACGCCUGCGCUACUGGAAGGAGGUGCUUCACCAGCGCAAGAAGGUGCAACAGCGCGUCCAGCGGGAAACGGGCAAGCUAGCCAGUGAGGUGCUCUUCAACCGCCGCUCCACGCUGGACAACCGGGACGGGCAGACGGUAAAGCAAGUGCUCGACUACGCGGACCGCAUGAAGUGCGAGCGUCUGAUGAGCGCGCCAAUUUCCAAGCUGGGAGACCAAGUGGAUCCCUGCACAUGCCAAGUGAUUCCCGGCCUGGAGGCCACGACACCGAAAGCAGAAAGGGUGGGCUACAAGGAUGUAGAGGUCAUUGGCUUGCCUGAGGUCUGCAAAAGGGAGCUCUUGGGCAAUGAGGCCUUGGAUCAGAUCCCACCACCUGGCUGGCUGCAAUCGGAGUUCCUGGACAAACGGCUGGAGCAACGCUUUUCAGACAUCCAAAACGUUGUGGAGUUCUUUCCCGAUGUGGACGCCCUGCAGGUGGAGGGCACUGCUAUCAGCAAGCUCAAGCGAUCACCAAAGCCGCUCCUAGUGGAUGUGGAUUCCAUGCACACGGUGACCAAAAGUGACAGCUCGCCAAUCUGCUCCGAGGAGUGCAUCUGCGAGUCGUGUGGCGAAACGGAGGAGAAAUCGUCAGGAGCCCAACCUCCCAUUCCGGAUGUGGGAUUACGGGUUAAUGGUGUGAAUUACAUUCCGUGCGAGGAAGAUGGUGGCGGAUUUAAGGACUGCUAUGAAAUCGUUGCCCGGUUCACAUGCGAUCCGUUUCGGCGUCGCUUUAAGCGCGUUCUACAGCUGACCAACAUUGGCAAACAGUCGCUCUCCUUCUCCUGGAAACAGAGCACUUACUACUACAACAGGGGAUCCCUGUUGCUGGCCCAGGACAACGAGUUUCACUUCGAUCUAGAGGGCUUCAGGCUUUCGCACGGGGAGACUCGAAGUGUAGCGGUGCUCUACCAGCCACGAAAAGUGGCGAUGGCGGUGGAGUUGUGGCUGCUUCAGGUGGAGCCGCGCAUCUUUUGCGGUCGCCAGGAGUCCUUACUGCUCCGCCUUUACGGACGUUGUACUCCGCCAGCGGACUACAUGGCCAAACUACUCGAGUGCCAGUGCGUCUGCAUCUGCAAGUCGGAUGCAGUGGCAAUUGAUAAACUGACCACCCAUUUGGGGGCCCUAGCUCCCAUGGUGGUGCCUCCUCCGACUUGCUGCCCUUAUGAGCGCCCUCUGGACGAUCGGGAGGCGUUUAACGCCCUAAAUCCAGGCUAUAGUUGUGCCCGCUUUGAUGACCUGGAGAUGCUUCGUGCGUUCCAUCAGCGGUUAAAGAAGCCGCGGGAACCGCUCUGGGACCUGCGCCUAUCAACGAUCAAGGACUACAUAAUGCGGAUUAGGACAUUGGUGGAGCGAGAGUCGAUAUUUUCCGAAUUUAACAAACUUCUCGCUCCUUUGCUGGGCGGCGUAUCCUCAUUGAAUGCCAAGACUACCAAGCAGGAUGAGCAAAAACAGCGGUCGAGGUUCAUAUAUGUGCGCGGUGUAAUCUGCAAUGGAAUCGCAGAGUGGGAGGACCUCAUGUUCAACGUAGAAGACUCAUUUUUCAAGCCAGAGCUACAGCGGUACUACCAAAGCUUGUUGGGAGAGUCCGAAGAAGGCGAUGAGGAAAAAUACGAAGAAGAACCAGAGCAGCCGAAGCCAAUGACGCCCAUCGACAUGGAGAAACUAAUGGAAAUUUUGGGCGAAACGGAGUUGGACGAGAAUAAGAUCCGGACGGCGGUGAUCCGCAAAUUGUAUCGGUCAAAAUAUUUCCGGGACGCGCUUUACAUCCAAACUUACUCACAUCUGUGCAACAUGUCAGAGGACAUUGUGUCCGUCAUAGAGAGUACAGAAAUAGUACCUACCUAGGGACUACUAUAA